AACCGCAGCUCGAAAACACGCGUGAUUUCACCGCUCGAUCGACCGUGCAGCAGACAGCUACUCACUCAACCCUAUAUACCUUCUGUGUCGCAGUUGUGCCUGUCAGCCUGCGCGAAGAUCACGAUGCGUGUUCUCCUUGCCCUUGCUCUUCUGUCGGCUGUCUCCGCAUCUCCGUUUUUACCGAGCGUCGUUUGUCCGGACGGCCAAAGCCAAUGCCCUGAUGGAAAUACGUGUUGCAAGCUGAGCAGUGGACAAUGGGGCUGCUGUCCUCUCCCUAACGCCGUCUGUUGCAGUGACGGAGAACACUGCUGCCCAACUGCGACGUCUCGGCUGGUACUUGCACCAAGCAAGGCAAAACCAUCGAUCUCUUCACAAAAAUCGAGUCGAAAGUACGCAACGUCGUUUGUCCGGACGGCCAAAGCGAAUGCCCUGAUGGAAAUACGUGUUGCAAGCUGAGCAGUGGGCAAUGGGGCUGCUGUCCUUACCCUAAGGCCGUCUGUUGCAGUGACGGAGUACACUGCUGCCAAAAUGGCUAUACCUGCGACGUCUCGGCUGGUACUUGUACCCAGCAAGGCAAAACCAUCCCUUUCCUCCUCAAGCAACCACCCAUCUUCAAAUGGAAGAAAUACCAGUGGGUUUAGAGAGAAAAGCUCAAGACACUUAAAACUUGUCUAGAUUGUAUGACACGUACAUGAACUUUAGGACUACUUAACUCUUACUCUCGAUUUACAUGAACAAAAUUUUGUUUUCACUAAAGGGAGAGAUUUUGGAAAAGCAUGUGUGGGGAAAGGAUACUUCACACAUGUGCCAUGACCAACACAAACAUAUAU